UUAAUUGGAUGCCAACCGCCGUUAAACCUCAUCAAAGAAGAAGAGGACCACCACCACCAUUCUUUCCUCGUGGACUGAAGCCAUACUAGCUGAAUACCCAACUCUCAGUACACUGAAACAUGUCUAAACUACAGUCGUUUCGUGUGUUUUUAAAUGAGCGUUUAACGGCAGCUGCUCUGGAGGUUUUUGGGGCAGUUGAGCAAACGGUAGUGGAGUACCAGGAGGAGAAUGAUCGGCUUCGGAGGUUGCUGAGGAUCACACCGGAGAUACAACUAUGUAGAAUAGACUCCCUGCAGCUCUCUCUCGCUGUCUCUGAAGAGGAGGUUCUCCCUGAUCAGCAGCACUGUGAGCAGGAGUGGAGCCCCAGUCUGGGGCAGGAGAACACAGAGCUUCCACAGAUUAAAGAGGAACAGGAGGAACUCAGGACCAGUCAGGAGGAAGAGCAGCUUCAAGGGCUGGAGGCCUAUAUCAAAUUCACUCCUUCCUGUAUGAAAAGUGAAUGUGAUCAGGAGGACCCACUUCAGCCCUUGACUCUUCCCCAAACCCAGACUGUGGAGAACAGAGAGAGUGACCCUAAACAAGUAGAUCUCACACCUUUUGUUACUGUGACCCACCUGAAGGGCCUCUACAUUCCCUGUGACCCUCCAGAUAAUCAAAACAAUGCCUCCAGCCAAAGCUCAGCCGUAAGCAUAAACCCAGUAGGACUUGACAGCAGCCCACCAUUGGAUCCCAGCCCAUCAUUGAAUCCAAACCCAUCAAUGGAGGAACACUGUUCCAAACCCAGCACCACGUCUAGAAAACCUCACCGCUGCCGUGACUGUGGCGAAAUGUUUACUCUGGAAGCUGACCUGCAGAAGCAUGUGACUCUCUACAAGAAGAGACUCCGUGAAUGCCGCUUCUGCAGAAAAAGCUGCAACUCCACCUGUAAACUAAAGGCCCAUGUCCGCCUCUGUCACAGUGGCAAAACCUGCACCUGCCCUGUUUGUGGCAAGACCUUCAAACUCAAAGGAUAUCUGUCCAAGCACAUGAGGAUUCACACAGGAGUGGGAGAUAAACCAUUUAGCUGUGGUGACUGUGGGAAAAGCUUCAAUCAGAAGGGGAACCUAAGGAACCAUAAACAGACUCACACAGGACGGAAACCAUUUAGCUGUGAUGACUGUGGGAAAAGCUUCAAUUUGAAGGGGAACCUAAGGAAGCAUAAACUGACUCACACAGGAGAGAAACCAUUUAGCUGUAGUGACUGUGGGAAAAGCUUCAGUCAGAAGGGGAACCUAAGGAACCAUAAACGGACUCACACAGGAGAGAAACCAUUUAGCUGUGGUGACUGUGGGAAAAGCUUCAUUCAUAGGUGGAACCUAAGGAACCAUAUUCUGACUCACACAGGAGAGAAACCAUUUAGCUGUGGUGACUGUGGGAAAAGCUUCAAUCAGAAGGGGUCCCUAAAGAAGCAUUCACUUACUCACACAGGAGAUAAACCAUUUAUCUGUGGUGACUGUGGGAAAAGCUUCACUCAAAAGUCUAACUUACUGAUCCAUGUGAAAAACAUCCACAAAGGAGGAAAACAGGAUGAAACAUGAAAGAAAGAAAAUUAGGACAAAGAUCUAUUUAGUCACAAGAUGAGAAUAAAAAGGCAGGAUGUUGACAAUACUCUGAGUACAGCUGGAAUAAGUCAUUGAGAGAAUAGUCAUAUCAACUGAUGACUAAAAUAGCAGCGCAGAUGGCACUAUUUUGUUAAGUGCAGAGAUGUAUUGUAGGUAAUGAAUGUGUAGGGGACAACCAUGCAGAGGUUGUGAGUUCAAAUCCCAGGUGGAGUCAUAUUGAAAUGUCUGUACUAAGGGAUCAUGUCAAAUGUAAUCAUAUUGCCACCUGGGAUUUGAACUCACAACCUCUGGAUUUGGGAUAUGCAGAUCUUUCUGCUUCACCACUAAAUCUGUAGAAUUUCAGAAGUCCCCUACACAUUCAAUACCUAUAAUACAGUACCAGAGACAGGUUUGGACACACCUACUCAUUCCACGGUUUUUCUUUCUUUUGACUAUACAUUGUAGAAUAAUAGU